AUUUUACUUAUUAAAAAUGGCGUUUCGUUAUUCGACGUAGAAAACAAAAGUUUUUAUAAAAAGCAGCAAGAUGUUGUACGUAUUUAUGGUGAAUUAUGGCGUAUUUUAUACAUUUGAAAUGGAAUAUUUAUAUCAAAAUGUCUCAGCAUUGCAAGAAGCUAUUGCUCGACGAUUAAAAAUAGAAGUGUCUAAACAAGUUCUUAUAAUUAGCUCAGGACAAGUAUUAUCACCUAAGACGAAACUUGUCAAAUAUGGUGCUGGAACAGAUACAAGUCCUAUAUAUUUAUUUAGUAAAAGAGCAGAGGAACUUAUUAAACCUAUACGGCAAGAGCAACAAGAAAGUCAAACAGAGGUUCAAUUAAGAGACAGUGUUGACGAAGCCCUAGAUCUUUCACCAUCGUUUCAAACUGUGACAGUUCGGUCUCAACUAGCUCAGCGAAUAUAUGAAAUGAGUAAGGAAAUAGCGAAAAGAGCCGAAACUUUAGUUCAAGAACAAACGUAUCAACAUAAAGCUUUUAUUGCUGCUAUAUCUAAUAUGCUAGACUUGAUAAAAUGGUACAAAGAACAAGUCGAAUUUUUCAAAACAGCGUUAAAACGUUUUAUGAAAAAUAGGGAGAAAUUUGUCGAAAUUUUACCAUCAUUUGACGUUUCAUUAGCUCUUCUUGCAAAAUUACCGCUUUUAAAAUGCUUAAACGCUCAAAACACUAGUAGUCUCUUGCAAUCGUCAAUACGAGAUAUUGGAACAGAUGUUUCAGAUCUUACACUUUUAGAAUGGAUUAAUUCAACCGGUAGCCAUUCUACAAGACAUAGUAUCAAGGGAAUGUUUGAAGCUUGUAAUAGAGGGAUUGAGCAGAUAACUCCUCAAAUGAGAAAUGAAACUUUAAAAGGAGCCAAGAAACUAUUGAAAAUUGCUGAAAAUGAAGAAAUGAAAGAAAUUAUUGGCUUGGAUAGAAGAUUAGCAAGUAUGGAAAAGUUAGUUGAAAAUGGACAAAAGAUAGUUCAAAAUAUUUUCGAAUUAGCUCAAGGAUUAGUUCAAAAUGAACAGCGUCUGAAAAAUACUGCAGAUAAAUCUGUACUAUUACCGCUGUGUGACAGUCAUAUAGAGCAAUUAAAGAUGUUGAUUGAACAUUUCGAUACGAUUCGUGACAUAAAAAGAAGGUGUAUUGCUUCUAAGAAUGAACUAUUACAAAACCUACAAGCCAGACUGAAAUGGGUCGCAGAUGUUGAAAAAGAUUUACAGCAUACAGCUUCUAAAAUGGACAUGAUUGCACAACAUUCUCAUAAUUUAUCAGUUCAGUUAAUGGUUUUAGUGCAAGUACAUGAGUCACCUUUUUUGUAUUCGGAUGUUGUUGUCGAGAUUCAUAGGAGAAGACGCUUCUCUGAAAAAUAUUUGGACUGGGGAGAAAAAUUAGCUAGCGAAGCUACUGAAUUAUUUAAAGAUGAAGUUGAAAAGAGAAAAUCUACUCAUAAAAGGUUACACAAUCAUUUUUUGGAAUGUCUCUUUCCUGGUUUUGAUGAUGCUCCGGCUCGUUUUAUAAGUGAAAAAAUUGAAGCUUUCGACGAUAAGCUACCCCCUGUUGAAAGAGAGGACCUUGAAUUUUUACAAAGUGUUGUUCCCGAAUUGGCUGAAAGGUUAGGGAUUCCUAGCGAAAACGAGGAUAUAAUAGUUAAGGGAGAAAUAACACUUCGUGAAUCUGAUACCCAUACACCUCUUCUAGUCAUGGAUCCAGUAAACGGUGAACCUUUUGAGUCAUACAAAACAGCUGAACAACCCAUUACUCGUACCUCAACUGAUAUACACCGAGUGCCACGUUUUCGAACCGAUUCUAUAGACAGUUUUAGCACGAGUCCUGAAACAUUUUAUUCUUUAACUGCAGAAGGUUCAAGCCAUGAUCUACCAGCUAAAUUUUUCAUAGAAGAGCCCAACUGUCGAGAUGGAAGAGUUGUGGCACUGGAAAAAAGUUUAGAAGAGAAAGCUCGAGAAAUUGAUAAACUGAUGAAAAGUUUGACAAAAAGCGAAUCAAUUUCAAAUAUUACUCAGGAUAGGUUAAACAGAGCCUUUAGUAUAGUGCAAGAAGAGGCUAGAAACCUUAAAUUAUUAUAUCAGGAUAUAUCAUUGGGUAUCAAGGAAUAUAAAACCUCUUUUCACCAACAUAUAGAAACAGUUAAAGAACAGUUGAUGGGAAAUUUUCUUCAGGCUAUUCUGAAAGAAAGGGAAGAAUUACUACAGCGUACCUCUUCACUUGAAAAGGAAUUAGCCGAGUCUGAACAGGCUCAAAUUGAACUCAGGAAUAAUUUAUUGCUUAACAACGAAAUUGAACAAGAAAAAUCGACGAAAAUCCACUCUGAAAAAAUUUUAGAAUUGAAUGACAAAAUUCGUCACAUAGAAGAUAAUAUUGCAACAUAUGAAAAGGAGAUAGAAGAGCUAAAAAGUGAAAAUCACUCCUUAAAUACCAACAUUCAAAGAUUGAAUGAAGAACUUCAGAAAAAUGUUGACGAAGCUCAAACAGUUGAAUUAGAAAGAAAUAAUAUUAUAAAAACGGUUGAUGAACUUAAUAAUUCUUUAAAAACUCUCCAAGAACAAUUACAAGAAAAGGAUAAAAUGCUUAAAAAGUCUGAAAAUGAGAAAGAGAUUUUAGAAAAUGCAAUAAGCAAUAAGGAUAAAUUAUAUAAUGAGCUAAUAAUUGUUCAUAAGAGUGAACUUGAAAAUAUUCAAAAAGACUUUAAUUCAGAUAGAGAAAUCUUACAGAGCAAAUUAACAGACGAAUUUAACAUGAAAAUUGAAGAAGAAAUACAAAAGCGAAAAGUUUUACAAGAACAAAUAAAAAUUAUGAAAGACACUGUAAAGAAGGAGAGGAGAGAAAGGCUCGAAGAGCUCGAUAGAAUAGAGAAAGAGAAGAAAAACGAUAUUUUGGAAUUGAAAAAUUCUUUCGCAAUCGAAAAGCAAAUAUCCAUUGAUGAGGCUAUUACAAAAAUGGCUCAAGAAAAAGAUAUAGUUAUUGAAAAUUUAAGAGAAAGGGAAAAACAGAUGGCGAAGAAGCAUAGUAAAAGAGACAGCAAAAAUCCUGCAAUUGUAGUUGCUCAGGAUAGUAAAGAAAGGUUUGAAGAAGAACAAGUCGAUGAAGGAAUUUCAUCUGGCAUGGUUUUAUCGUAUAUACCUGUUGAAGAAUCAGUUAUAGAGGUUAAAGAACAGGAUACAGCAGUCAUAGAAUUAAGAGAAAAAAUAAAAUUAAAAGAAGAUCAAGUUUCUCGUCUAAGGAAAAAAGUAGAAGAAUUAACAAACAGCAUGCACAGUAUGGUUAAAGAAAAGAUAUGCAUAUCUCAAUGUAACAGUGGCGAUAUCGCACUAAUUGGUCCUAGCGAAACAUAUAAUCACUAUUUAUUAUUUCUCAUCAAUCAACCUCUUCACUUUGUUCACAGCGAAUGUCUACAAGAAUUGGGACUUAAAAAAAUGACAAAAGAAAAACCAAGAUCUAAAUGGAUUUUAGCAGAAGUUGUUGAAAAAGAAUACUGCCUUGCAAAAAAACCAUCGAAUAGAUUUCUUUUAUCCGUUGGCACAAAAUUUUAUAGAGUGAAACUAAAACGAUACGACAGUGACUCAGAACCAAUGGUGCCUUUUAUGCCAUCGGGUGAACCACUUGAUGAAGCGAAAACAACUCCCCCUUCCGCCUAA